GGAACGUCGUCGCGAGCUGUGCUUUCUCCAGCAGCCGUGUGUGUAAUGCCAUUUUGUAACGCGAACGCAAUAGUCAGACUCUGUUGGCCACUAGUUUUCCACAAGUCCGCAGGUCCUUUCGUCCUCCGCGAAAAGCGCACAAAUAAAUCAUAAAAUCCAGCUCGUGCGUGUGUGUGUGUGUGUGUGAGUGUGUGCGCCGCCAAGUGAAAUCGAAUCGUAUCGCAGCGCAUAAAAUCAAAUCAAAACGGGGCAGGCAAGGCUGGGAAAAAUCCGAGAAAAAUAAAUGUGUGCGACGCGUGUGAGAUAAAUUACCAAAGCAACCGAAAAACGAAAAGCGAAAAACAACCCCUGCUGCCGAUGUAAUAAAUGACUGCGCCGCAAAAUGAGCUUUUAGUUUAAUUAAUCAAAUGAAUAAUAAUCAGCACUAAAUAGCUGAGGCCAAAGUGUGUGUGCCCCAGUGCCAAAGUGCCCGGUGAAAAGUGCAAAGUGCCGACUGCCGACUGACCAGAAUAACCAAAUGGCGGACUAGCGCCGGUUGCAUGGGCCACUGAGGAGAGGGAGCGGACACCAUCGACAUCAAGGACGAACUGGACAUCGAACCCGUUGCUGCGCCGCUGUGAUUCAGAUUCAUUCUGGCCGCCCAACAAGGCAACAGCAGCGAGCGCGGCGAUCACAGCGUCGAUCACAGCGGCAAUAGUGGUGCGAUCGGUGGUGCACCGCCAUCCCUUAGCGGCAGUGGUGGUGCGGCUGGUGGUCCUGCAGGCGAUCAUCCUGCUGGCGGUGGUGGCGGUGGGGGAACAGCAGGAGGAAACGGAAGCAGCAGCGGAACCGGAAACGGAAGUAGUGGCGGGGCGGACUGCAGCAGCGACGGCGAUCCCAAGAAGACCUUCUCGCUGCACUGCUGUUGCGUGAUCGUCGACAUCACACCAGUGGCGCAUCCAGGAGGACGCCUGACAUCGGCAACAACGGCCUCGGGAAGGGAUGCGGGUGGAGCCGCCGCCGCUGGCGGAGGAGGUUCCGGUGGUGGCCUGGGCCUCGGCCUCGGCGAGAAUGUCUCCCAGUUGGCCAGCCAACUCUUUCGCUUUGGCAGCAAAAAGCGCCCAGGCGUUUGCAUCUGCAAUGCCCAAUGCCGGCUGCAAUCGCUGGGCGAGAGUCCAGGUGGCCUUGCAGCCACCACCAUCAAGACCCAUCAUGGCAGCCUGGACAGAUUGCUGCAAAAGGGAGAGUCAGCCGGAGGUGCCGGAGGAGCACCCACCAGUGGCGAACGCUCGAUAAGCUGGGUGGUAGAUGGUGGGGCAGCGGGCUCUGGUGCCCUGCUCAACGCCUCCUCCGAUGAGAGUGAUGACAAGAAGAAGAAACUGGACGACGGUUCCCAGCUGCCGCCCCCGCCACGCCCCCCCUCGCGAUCACAUGCCAAGCCCACUGCAAAGGAGGAAUUCGAUCGGGGCGUUGAGGUGGAGAAGUUCUAUCACCAGAUCAACGGGGAUAUCUUUGAAAUCACUCGGAGAGUGAGGGCUCGCGAUGAGGAGACCAUGGAGCAAAAGUGCAUCCGCCGGAAGGGUUCGGUGCGCCUCACAGAGCCCACUUCCGGUGGGCAUGCCCAUGUGCGGAUCGAGCAGAGACCACAGUUGCCGCCCAGAAGACAGAAGAGCGCCGAGGAAGUGGCCACCAUGCCCAAGAGUGCUCUGCGCCAACCGCCCGAACAACUGGAGUGGUUCGAUCGUCGUGCCCAGCAGCGUCACUCCGCCCGUUCCGCCGAAGGUGGUCAGGUGCGGGAGGAGACCAUGGAGUGGCUGAAGCUCCAGAAGACCGCCAGUCCCAUCCAGCCAGUGCGCACCUCCUCGGGUCCCAGUGAGAUUACGGUCUUGAAGGAUGAACUGCCCGACUGGCUGCUGGAUCAUCUGCCGCGCAAGAAGGAGCGCGAUCGGGAUAGAUUACCCUCGGAUGCCGACAAGGCAGUGGGUUCCGCCUAUGCCAAGGCCCUGUCGGAGCUGCUGAAGAAACCCCUUUCGCGCCAGAGUUCCGGACCCUGUGAGUUCUCACUCCUGAAGACCGACAUCGUGGAGUGGCUGACCAAGAUGCAGGGCAGCAGUGGCGGCGACAAGGGCAAGUCCCGUCGGUCGCAUCAUCGCCGCAAUGGCAGUGGUGGCGAUGCCCAGCCACGUUCCAAUUCCCAGGAGGAUGCCCAGGAUCAGUCGAGGACCAGCCACCGGAAGCGGCACUCGUUGGGUCACAGUGGAGCGGCCAGCGAGGAGGAGCAGCAGCAGCUCACUGCCGAUUGGAUAGCCUAUCCGCUGCACAAGCUGCAGUCCCUGGGCAAGCAGCCGCCGCCAAGUCAACCGCCGGAGCGGGUCAACAUUCCCAGUGGCUAUGCGGUGCCCAGUGCCCUAUCGCAUACUCCCUUGUGCCAGCGGAGGGAGGAGCGUUCCCGGGAGAGAAGACUGCGUCAUUCGGCCAGCGAGGUGGUGGGCAGUGGUGGGGCAGGAACUGUCUCAUCAUCGAACACCGCCCAUCUGGAACGGCUGUAUGCCAAGCCGCACAAGGAACGCUAUCAGUAUGUACCGAAAGCCAAGGAGUCGGGGGGCAGAAAGGAGCGCUCCCGACGCCACCAGACCCAAAGAUCCGCCACGGUCUCCGACAUGUCCGCCCAGCGUUCCGGUGGCCACAAGCGCAAGUCCUCGAGUGCAGAGCGGGCACCUCGUUCUCCCUCACCGGGACCCUGUACGGAUCCCGAUUGUCCACUACUGCCCAUCUGCACGGAUCCGCAUUGCCGCUACCAGGAGUGCCAGGCGAGGCAGUGCAUCACAUCGUCGGUGAGCUCGGUGAAUCUGGCCAGGCAUCAGCAGUUGGCCCAGGUGCAAUUGCAUGCGGUGCCUGCGCAUUUGGUUGGCGCCAUGGGAUCCGAUGUGCCGACGACACCAUCCACAACGGCCACGCCUCCGCCGCCACAAACCACAGGAGGCGGAAUUCUGGGCUCCGGGACAGUGGGAACCAUGGGUGAACGCCGGCUGGUCAUCUGCCACGACUGUCGAUCUUGUGCCCCGCUACUCAGCUGCCAGAAUCGCAAAUGCCUCAAUGCCGCCAAGUGCAACUCACUGCCUCGCUGUGCCGCCGACUUCAAUCGCCUGCGCACCCAGCUGGCCCAGCCGCCCACCACACUGGAUGACAUCGAGCCGGCGCCACUGGACGACCUGGAGAUGCAGCCACUGCCCUCGCCACCGCACUCGCAUCCGCACCAUCACUAUCGCAGCAAUUCCCAGCCAAACACUCUCCAGCGCGGAGAUUCAGCUAGUUCUGGAAAUGGAGGAGGAUUAGGUGGCAGAGUAGAAGUCGGCAUCGGAGGAGGAGGAGGAGCACCACCUGGACUGGCUUGGCUGGAGCCCACAACCACACUAGUGCAACCACUGCCCGCCUAUGUGCACCACUCGAAUGGCAAGCUGAUGAAGUCGGCCUCCGCAGCCUCGUUGAAUUCCCGGCGAAGGCGCCACAAAACCGUGCACUUUGGCGAGAAUCUCCUGCGGGAGGUGUGCCAGAACAGGAAGCUCAUCAAGACGGAGGCCCAGGUGCCCUCCGGUUCGGCGCCCAUGAAGGCCAACAUCCAGAUGCUGUACAACUUUGUGGAGGGAGUGCUGAGUGCCUGGGUGGACGACGACGAGGAUCAGGUGCGUUCCGGCGCGGAAUCGGAGCCGGAGCACGGGGUGGUGCCCAUGCAGCCGAUCCACAGAUGCAACCGCCUGCGUUACCAGUGCAUCCGGCGGGUCGUCGAGGAGGCCGCCGACCUCCAGGGCACCCUCAAGUUGGGCAACUCCCGCUAUCGCCAUCGCCAUUGGCGCAGCACCGCCAAGCAAUGCAACGAAAUGUUCCUUCGCAAGAUUUCGGACGAUGAUCGAAUGAGCCUAACUACCGCCGUUUCGGAUGAAGAUGAUGGCGAAAGUGUCAUGGCGUCACCAUACAAAGCAAAGGCCACAGGCACCGCUGCAUCCUCCUUCAAUUGCACGGGAGCUGUUCGCAAAGCCGGCUUCCUAUCGGUAAAGAAAUGGUUACUACGCAAGAAGCACCAGAUCGAGCUGGCCAGAAAGAGGGGCUGGAAGGGCUACUGGGUGUGCCUGAAGGGCACCACGCUGCUCUUCUAUCCGUGCGACUCCCGGGAGGGCAGGAGUGUGGAGGCGGCGCCCAAGCACUUGAUUAUCGUGGAUGGUGCAAUUAUGCAACCGAUACCCGAGCAUCCCAAGCGCGACUACAUUUUCUGUCUGAGCACGGCGUUCGGCGAUGCCUAUCUCUUCCAGGCGCCCUGUCAGGUGGAGCUGGAGAACUGGGUGAACAGCAUUCACAGCGCCUGUGCCGCCGCCUUUGCCAGGCAUCGCGGAAAAACUGGUACCCUACACCUGCUCCAGGAGGAGAUCUUUCGGCUGGAGAAGGCCAUUGAGUCGGAUCACAAGCUGAAGCACAUGGCCGAGCUGCAGCAAUCAGUUGUCACCGAUCAGGAGACGCGUCAUCAGAUCCAGACGCAGAUACUGCAAUGGGAGGAGAACCUGGAGCGGCUCCACUGCGAACAGUUCCGGCUGCGCUGCUACAUGGCCUCGCUGCAAAGUGGCGAGCUGCCCAAUCCGAAGUCGCUGCUGACUCACGUGUCGCGUCCCACGAAGAAUACCCUGAACAAGCUGGGCGUGUUCACGGUCUCCUCGUUCCACGCCUUCAUCUGCGCCCGCUCGCCCUCGCUGCUCAACAACCUGCUCGCCGGACGCGGGGCCACCAAGCGGCGACCGCCGAUGCUGUCGCGGUCCAACAGCGGCUCCAGCCGUCGCUCCAUGCAGAUGAAUUCACGUGACGAACCGGAAAAAACUUUCAAAGUUGCAAUGCCCGACAAUGCUUACUCGACAGUUUAUCUACGUGAUGCCAUGUCUGUGGAGGAAUUCCUCGCCAGCGCCUGCGCCCGUCGCAACCUCAAUCCCAUGGAGCACUUUGUGCGCGUCAAGAAGCGACGUGACAUGGAGGAUCACAAUUACUUUGUGCCGCAUCGCAACGAUCUGAUUGAAAAUUAUCUACAUAAUCACGAGUUCGUGGAGGUCUGCAUGAAGAUCCUGUACCAGGUGGAGCUGCAGCGCACCACCCUGGAGCAGAUGUGGGGCUUCUCCGUGGAGGCGGAGCUGAUCGAGAACGCGGAGCGCCAGGACGAGCUGUGCUGCUAUGUGAGUCGCGUGGAGGACAAGAGUGUGGCCAUGCACAAUGGCAUUAUCAAAGGAGACGAAAUAAUGGUCAUCAAUGGCGCAAUUGUGUCCGAUCUAGAUAUGAUGUACUUGGAGAGCGUCCUGCAGGAGGAACAAUCGCUCAGCAUGAUGAUGCGGUCCUCGCGCACAGAGCCACCAGAUCUAGUGGGGAUCAUGAGGGUUACGGACGAUAUGAUUGACUCGCUCGUUUGCCCGCCGCCACCCACAGAUCCGCCGGUGAUGAGCGAGGAGAUGAUAACUGGACUGAUUGUUCCGGCCCCCGGUUGGAAUGGCAAUAGCAAGGAUUUGUACUCGCCGGAGGCGGAAAGCUCGCCGGCCACCUCCUUUGUGGAUCCCGUCGCCAUGGCCGCCCAGCUGGCGGUGGGCGGCGGGGGCGUGGUCGUGGGCGGACUGGGCGUGGCCAAGCCAACGUCGCGUACGAGCAGCUUUGAGAUUGAGAAUCUGCUAAAGACCGCGGAGCAAGUUACCGGAUUUUGUCGUUCACCCCAGGAAACACGGAAAUCGAGCCCCACCGGCUCGGUCACCUCGUCGGUGUCGACCACGGCAUUAACCCCAUCACGCCAACUGACCGAUGCGGAGAAGCUGCGCAAAGUCGUCAUGGAGCUGGUGGACACGGAGCGGACCUAUGUGAAGCACUUGAACAAUCUGCUGGAGCACUAUCUGGAGCCCAUGAAACGCGAGACAUUCCUCUCGAAUGCCGAGAUCAACGCCCUGUUCGGCAACAUCCACGAGAUCGUCACAUUCCAGCGACAGUUCCUGCAGAAUCUGGAGGAGUCCCUGGACCUGGAGCCAGAGUUCAACAAGUUCGAGCAUUGCGGCCAGUUCAGGAAUGUGCUCUUUGCCAUUGGCUCGGCCUUCCUGUAUUACGUCAACCACUUCAAGCUGUACUCCUCGUUCUGUGCCAGUCACAGCAAGGCGCAGAAGGUCCUUCAUCCGAACGAGGGCAAUCACGCCCUGCAGGAGUUCCUGGCCGCCCGGAAUCCCAAGCAGCAGCACAGCAGCACCCUGGAAUCGUAUCUGAUCAAGCCCAUUCAGCGCAUCCUCAAGUAUCCUUUGCUCCUGCAGCAGAUGCGCAACCUAACCGACACCCGGGCCGAUGAGCAUGUGCAUCUUUGCGAGGCACUCAAGGGUAUGGAAAAGGUGGCCGAGCACAUCAACGAGAUGCAGCGCAUCCACGAGGAGUAUGGCGCCAUUUUCGAUCACCUCUUCCGGCAGCACCAGAAGUCCUGCAAGCAACCCAUUGAUCUGAGUCCAGGAGAUCUCCUGUAUUAUGGCGGAGUGGAAUGGCUGAACAUCUCGGACUUCCUGGGCAAGAUCAAGAAGGGUCUAGAGCUACAUGCCAUGUGCUUUGUGUUCAAGUCGGCGGUGGUGUUCCUCUGCAAGGAGCGGCUGCGUCAAAAGAAGAAGUUGAUGGGCGUGUCCAGCAAGAAUGCCACCAAUGAGGUGGAGAUCAUUAGAUACCAGGUGCUCAUACCCGUUACCGAGGUGCAGGUGCGCGCCAGUUCGGCCAAGGACAUGGACUCGCACUUCCUGUGGGAGCUCAUCCAUCUGCGCUCCCAAUUGCAACGCCGCUCCGAGAAGGUCUACGUGCUAUCCAACAGCACCGCCGACUUCCGCAAUGCCUUCCUGAAGACCAUUCGCCAGAUCAUCCGCGAGAGCGUCCGGAACAUGUCAAUUCCGAUGAAGAACUUUGGCGGCAGCUCCGGCUCCGUCUCCGGACACUCCUCGCAGGGAAUGGGCAGCAUGGGUUAUGCGGGCAACUCGCAGACGCUGGAGAGACCCAAACAGCAGAUCACCAUAGUCCAUGGCUCUCACACCCUGGGCAAACCGAAGAAGAAGUCCGGAUCGCAGCGCCAUUCGGCUGGCAACAUUGACUAUGACAACUUGUCGGGCAGCCAGGAGGCGGACGACCUGCCUCCCAGUGUGGGCGUGGUUCACUACGCCUCCGGCCACGCCCACGGCCAGCAAAUGCAGCCAGCCGUCUUCCGUGGUCGCAGCAAGACGGUGGGCGAUGUUACAGAAUCCCCCUGCUCUUCCCCAGAUCCCCAGCAGCAGCAGCAGCAGCAGCAGCAUCAGCAGUUGCAACAGCAACAGCAACAACAGCAACAGCAGAUGCAGCAAGGACACGCCCAUGCCCAUGCCCACCCACAUCCCCAUCCGCAUCCCAGGGAGCCACCGCCGCCUCCAAUCAGGCAGCCACAUCUGCACCACCACAGCUCGGACAUCGAGAGGAUCGAUCCUGGCACGAAGUCGGAGGGCGAGGAGGACUCGCAGCAGGGCACAAUCAGGCCCAAGGCCACUCUGGGUCGAACGCCCAAUCACCUGACGCUGAGCACCACAUCGACGCUCUCGGUGGGCAGCACCGGCAGCCAGGCGCGCCUCAUACAAUCGUCGCAUCCGCCGGCCAGUUACCAGCCGGUGCUGAUGAAGGACCUAGGUAAGCCCAGCCCGGAUGAGUCGGAGCUCGAGUCGGAGUCGGAGGCGCAUGCCGCCCAGGUGGCGGCCUCCUUUAAUCUAAGUCUAGGCAGUAGUGGUAGCUUGUUCGUCUCCGAUCCCCGAGAGAAUCAGACACAGUCCCAAACCCACUUCCAGUCCCACACCCACACCCUGCAUCCAUCUCCCCGCCAGUCGCCGCGUCAGUCGCCGCGACAGUCGCCCAAACAGGAUAUCGAGGUGAUCGAGAUCUUCGAGAGCGAGGCGGAACGGCUGGCCGCCUCCCAGCAGGUGGCCGUCGUCCACCAGUAUCCGGCGGGCCAGGCCAGGGAUUUGGGGCAUAAACAGCGACGUGACCGAGACCGAAACCCGACCGAAACGGACGCCACAGCCCGGUUUAUGGACAAGCAUCUGAGCGAUCUGGAGCAGGAGAACCUAGCCGAUGGCACCUGCGACAUUGUGGCCUACAUGGAGAGUCUGCGCGAGAAGGCCUUCGAUCCGCAGGACCUCACCGAGGAUCCCGGUGAUCAGCAGCAGAAUGACUCUAGUCUCUCGCCAGAACCACAAACCAUAGUGGAGAACACGCAGCAAACUGUGGUGGUGGACAUCGAGUCGCCUUCCCGGCCAGCCACUGAAUCGGACAGCACUGGCACCACCACGGGUCCAUCGGAGCGAUCUGGUGACGAAACGGAGGAGGAGCCCACCUCCAGUUCGCUGGCCUCGCACAUUGUGGUGAUCGACAAGAAGGUGGACAAGAUCUUCAAGGCCAAGUCCCCGGAGCGACCAGCUUCCACCAAGGUAAAGGGUGGCAGGAGGCAGAUAUACAUCUCCCCGGAUCGCUGCAAGUCCCAGGGAUCGUCUCCAGUGAGGAUCAUCAAGAUCAAGUCACCUCGCACUAGUUUGAGUGAUCAGGGCAAGCGACUUAGUGUCUGCUCCUCAAGGGACAACUCGCAGGAUCGCCUGUCCGGUGGUCGCAGGACACCCAGUCCUCGUCGCUCCUCCGAGGGUGGAGGCAUACUAAAACAUCCCAGUGGACCGGCUCCUGGUAUCCUGAAGCCACCUUCCAGUCCGGCCAAGUCGAAGAGUCCCGACAGGAGUUGCCUCAAAAAGGGCGGACCCUCGCAUGUGUGCAGCGUGGAGACUCUUUCGCCAAGAAUAUCGCCCAGGGGCAGUAUGGAUCACCUGUCGCCGGACAGGGGAAUGACGGGCAGUUCCUGCCUGCGACACUCACCUCGCAGUAGCUUCGAUAGCCACGGUGAAUCGGAUCACAAUCUGGAUGUGCCCCAUGGCAGCCGGAAGCGGAGCAUGUCCGCUCAUGGAAGCUUCGAGACGGGCACCAGGCCAAGGGCCCAGGAAACCUAUCAAUACUAUCCGGUAUAUGACAACCAGACUUGCAGUGAUCACUAUGUGGCUGCCGCACCCACAGGACGAUAUGGUGGUGGGGGUAGCAGUAGCAGGAGCAGGCUGAGCAAAUCCCUAGAGCGAUCUACUUCUAGGGACAGCACCACCACCAGUAGCUCCUAUGGGCACAGGACCUAUGGGGUUUCCCCGGAACGCAAUUAUGUGGUUUAUAGUUCAGGACCACUGCGCUCGCAGUCCGCUGAGAACACCUUCUCCUCGCAACCCAUAUAUGAUCCUCUGCCAAGGCAUCCACCACAGCCACUGCAUCAGCCACCGAUGCACCACCAACAACAACAGCAGCAGCAGCAGCAACAGCAAUAUGUCAGCUAUGCCCCCGAAAUGGGAGGAUACACUGGGACUGGGUGCCAACAUGAUCCGCAGGGUGGCUAUCAACUCAGCUCCUCGGCACCGGAGUACACCACUUGCAUCGACUGUCUGUACCAGAAGAGACCCUCCUAGCAUAAGUCCCGCGUGCGGCAAAGUCGCACGCGGAAGAAGACGCCCCGUGGAAUGGUGGUGGUCAGUGCCCAGCCCACGGCCACCGGGGGAAUAGGAUUUGUGCCCGAGAUGGGCUCCUCCGAGGCACCCGGCGGUUGUGUCGACUGUCACGACUACUUCGAGAUCCAUGUCUAAGCAGAUCUCUAUCUAUCGAGGGAACUUCCACUAAAGGACCUCUCCACUAAAGACCUCUCCACUAUUUUGAAACCAAAGAUAACAGCCGAACAACCCGAAAUGCCUCAACAAACUAAUUUUAACCGAACUCAGCUCAGAUAUACGUAAACUCACAAUGCAAACUAUAAUGAAAGUAAUCAAAACAACAACAACAACCGAACACGAACUUCCAACACAAGGGAUUGAAAUCAAAAAGACCUAGCCUAACAUUAUAUACAAUCUACUAAAAAAAAACUCACAAGAACUAAGGAAAGGCACUCUUAACAAAUAGAAGAAAUAGCUGAAAUGUUACCAUACCAGGAACCCAGAACCCAGUAUCCGUGUCCGUAUUCGUAUUCGUAUUCGUUGUGUAAGUGUUAGCCGUAAGUCACCGAACCUGAGCGUAGUUAGCUCUUUUAGCGCAGCAUAUGUAGUGCAUACCGAAAACUAAUCAAAGGAUGGGGUUACUAAUCCCGGGUGGAAAAGGUUGCAUAAUGGGUGUGUGCCACCGUUUUCCAGUUAAUUAUUUAAGUUGCAGCCGAGUUGAGCGCGAACAUUUCGCCGUGAUUUACACACUCACCCAUACUUACACUUACACUCACACUCACACUCACACCCACACGCUAACAAACAAAAUGGCGGAAGUUCCGCUCGCCUCGGGUGGCAAGUAGAAAUAUUACGUAUACGCCGCGUUGCACACACAAUACUCAAGUGCCGUAAUUACGAGGGCAAACAACAGAAAAGAGCAGCAGCAGCAGCAGCAGCAGUAGCAGCAACUAAAACUAAAGUUGAAAUUCAUACUCGCACUCAAGUAAACUACUAAGAGACAGGCAGACAAACAAAUGGCAAACUCAACUUGAAACAUAGAUGGGAAAAUGAAGACAGUCAGGAGCAGAUAGGAAAAAAAAUAUAAGAAGGAAAACUACUACAUACAUAUAUGCACUUCAAACACACACACUCACACACGGACUUACACAGACAUACAGACAGGUAAAAAGUUCGGGAAAAGUCGCUAACUAACUAUUAGCAGAGGGGGGCAGAGAAAGCGGAAAAGCGGGGUGGAAAACUGUGUCGUUUCCGCAAAUGAAAUCAAAAAUUUUUAAUUACCCAUCUGGCGAAAUGGAUCUGCAACUGAGCUGGGCUUUGGGUCGAGUGCCAACAUUCCAGGGGUUAACAUAACAUAUACCUAACAAGAGUAUACCUAUUGAUAUGGGGAUUAUUUACAUAAAGGACAAAAAGAAAACUAGCAAAAUGAAAAUCUAAAAAAAAAAGAAAACAAAAAACAAGCAAACAUUAGUUAGUUAGAAAAUUUUGCCAAUUUGCACGUUUGUGCUAACGGGCAUCGGUGUGUACGUACCAAUAAUGUUGUGACAAAUAAUUUGCAUAUAUGCAUAUGGUUUUUUGUAUGAUUUUUAUAGGUUUUUUAUAGAUAUAAACAAAUAUACAUGCAUAUACAAGUCGAUGGGCAAAUCAAACGAAACAUUUUCCGCAUGGGUUUUCCACCAUUUCCGUUUCACAUUCCAAUUAAAUCAGCAGAAAACUAAAAUACAAUAAAAGGGAUACAAAUCAAAACGGGGAUGUAUUCAGAGAAUGAUAAUCGUAAGUCGUACCUCAAUGUUCAGUAAUGGGUAAUCGUAUUAUAUGUAUGUACACCUAGGUAUAUCUGUAUGUAUAAUCACCCUACCUUUUCGAGGCGAGGGUCGGGAAUUCCCAUUCGAUUCCCUGGCCCGAACCGCAAAACUCUCGACUAAAUACAUAUAUAUAUAGAAAAAGUUUAAGGUCAAACAAAUUUCAGGUUGUUGUAACGAGAAUUCAAAGCAGAAUAAAUAAAAAAACCAAACCAAAGGAAAUCAUAGUCAAAAUAAAUAAGUUUAAGCUUCAAGAACGUUUACAGUUUACAGUUUACACUGGGCUUCACAGCAGCAAAAUCAAAAUGCAGAUAAGAUACAUUCUCAAAAAAUCAAAAUAUAUACAUCGUAAAUACGACAUAUAUACAGCAGCAUAUACAGCAUAAAUGUUAAACGAAAAAUGGGUAGCUCUUGGAAACCCAGUAAAAUAUACGAAAAUAAAGGCAAACUAAAUAGAGAUAAGCGGAGGCCGCAGACACCGAACAUUUAAGAGUAACAUUUAACAGUAAAGCUAAAACAAAUAUCAAAUUUAACCGGUAAUCCCUGUGUGUGCACACACCCACACACGGUCAAACACAGCAAUCCAUUAAACAAAUAAUCGAAAAAUCAACAAACUAACUGCAAACCUAAAAAUCAAAUGCGUAAAAACUAAACUAAACCUAAAACUAAAGCAUACACAUAACUGCGAACUAAAUUGAACUAACUAAGCCAACAGCGAGCCAGAGCAAUUGAAAUGCAAUUAACGAAAUGGCAUAUGAGAUAAAAGUAAACAGGUAAACACUUAAAAAAUAAAAUACAAACACAAAUAAUCAAAUAUCAAUGGACAGCGACGGGAAAGGGGAACCAAUGGGCCCCAUAGAGUUUAUGCACCGAUUUCCUGGCCCAUCCCCUCUCGAAAACCUCUCGAAAAACACCUCCACCUCCCCUCGAUUAGUUAUGCAUUUAAAUUUGUUUAGUAGUUGCUUAGCAGGUAAGUGCAAUAUUCAUUUGUAAUUAGGCAAACGAGGCUUGUUGUCGGAGAUGAGUACUUGAAUUGAAAAUUAGUAAUUAAACAAUUUUACGGGUGAUAUUUCAUUUUGUCUACACAGAAUACACACAAUUAUCUCAAAGAUAACUAAAAUCCCAAAAUCACAUGAAAAAUUAACUCGAAUAAUGUUGAAUUCAGUUAGAUAUAUAUAGUCGUAAGUCUCAGGUCAGAGUCGGAGUUGGAGUUACCUUAGGCAUGUUAAGUUUAUUAGGUAUUAUUUCCCGCCCAUUCGAUGCAUUUGUGUGUAUCUCUUUAUAGCGUAUCUGUGUAUCUGUUGUGUCUGUUACAAACACUUGAUAUUAUUAGUUGGCAUCGCUUGAUUAACAAACAACUAACAAAUAACCUUAAAUGAAACCCGAAAUUCAAAUCAACAUCGAUCGAACUUUGCAAGUUUUCCCCUUCAGUUUGAACGUUUUGCAUUUUCUCAAUCAAUAUCACGACAAAAUGACAGAGUGUGCCGAAGAUCUAAAGCCAAAUCUUGUACUGCUGAAUGCCAGGCCAACCGAGGGCGAGCAAUGCUAAUGCCAAGUCCAUUAUAAUCGAUCUAUAUAUAUUUAUCUAACUAUAUAUGUCUUAUGGUUACACACACGUGCCCCACAACUCAAAUCAACCAGCCACUCCCCAUCACCCCCAGAAUCCGGAAUCCAGAAUUUAUUCGGCAUUUUUUCACACAUUGAAACGCAAUUAUUUUUCAGAAAUUUAAUUUUCUGUUUUCCGUACAACUUUUUGUGUGCCAUAACCAAAUAAAAAUUAAAUUUGAACUGAAUUGUAUGAAACUCUCAUCUAUGCACAACUUUAUCCAUCGUUUUUGAAUCACGCUCUUUGACUUUUGCAUUUGGAAAACUAAUUUCGAAAUUAGCAAGUGGGUUAACUGAAAUGCGAAACAAUUUCAAUUUCACCACUCACUCCACCACCACAAUUUUUCAAAUUAUAAACCCCCCGUUUCCACCCACUCCCCCAUAUAUAUAUAUAUAUAUGUACAUAAAUUUCUCUCUUUCAUUUUGUAUACCAAAUUGGAGCCCUUUUAUCAAGACACACACACGGGAAACCGAAGAGGUAGAACGGAAAAUGUUGGCAUAAAUGCAAAACUUUUGAUCAGAAAUUUGAAAAUUGCCAAGUCUUACCAGAGUAACAAAAAAGGCUAAACCAUCUGUUAACUAGCAAAAUGAACCAAGCGAUGUCAACAUUUUAGCCAACACAACUCUCUAUCCUAGCCCCUAAUCACCAAUAUUAGUUGUUAAAUUAGCGUUUAAUCACUCCCACUACCCACAACCCCCCAGACUCCCCAAAACUAUAUCAAGUAGCCGAAAAUCCCGCUUGAAGUAGUGCUCAUUACAUUAAACAAUAAUUAGUUUUGCUUAUAUUUUUUAACCGACAAAGGAGCCCAAAGUGCCUCGCAUUUUGGGCACUUUGCUUGCAUGCUUUUUUGACUAAACGAAUCCCAAUUGGCCACAAUUUACUUAUGAAAAUCUGUUCGACACAAUUGUAUAUAACCAAAAUGGAGAUGCUACGCUCCGCCCCACUUGCUCUUUCUAACUCUUUCGCUCUCUAAAUCUAUAUUUUCUAUCCGAAAAAAAUAUUAACAAAAAAAAGAAAUAAAACCGAAACUACAAAUUAAGUUCUGCAAAACCAAAACGAAAAUAUUUCAUAUUUUUUCAUAUAUGGUUUCCAUUGUAUCUUUUCUUUUCUUUCAUUUAUUGUAGGGUCCCCGGUGUGGAAACCACGAGACAUGAUAAAUUUAGGCACAGAUCCACAGUCAACAACCCGCAAAGACGAUGUGAAAAAUUAAAUCAGAAAAAGCAAAGCAAAACAUUUAGUAUCAAGCUAAGCAAGCAUAAGAACUCUU